AUGAUAACAGUUAUGGAUGAUUUGGAUAUGCAUGACAUCGAAAACAAUCAUCUUGAUGAAGAAAAUCAUCAGUUCGGUUAUACUGAUUCAGAGUUUCUUCAUAACGAGGAAAAUCAAUCGGAAACCCAAGAUAUGAAUGACAUCGGAAAUGAUCAUUACGAUGAAGAAAAUCAUCAAUUCAGAUCUGGUGAUUCAGAGAUUCUGGAUAAUGAUGGAAAUCAAUUGGAAAUCCAAGUUCAAAGUGACAAUGUUGCAGCACAAUAUGGCUCUUGCAAACAAUUCAUUGGAGCUGAUGGUUCUUUAUUUUGGAUUCCAGAGGUUGAACCUGGUUGGAUACCUACUUUGGGUUCAAUUUUUAAAGAUAUCAAAGAUGCUAUUAAGUGGUAUAAAGGAUAUGCAUUAAGAUCUGGUUUUGAUAUUAGAAAAUCAACAGAGAGGAAAAAGAGUGGAAUCACAACUUCGAAAUAUUUUAUAUGCAAUAGAGGGGGAUUGCCAAACACUUCUACCUUAGACACAAUUAGUGAUGAUCAUAAUAAGCAAUUGAGAAAUAGUAAUUGUAAACGCACAAAUUGCAAAGCUUUUGUUGCAUUCAAAGCUAUACCACAUUCUUCAGAAGUUUACCUGUGGCGCUUUGAACAACAACACAACCACAAAUUGAUCAAUCAAGAUUGUAUGCAUCUUUCAAGAGCUAAACGUCAGUUGAAUGUUGUUGAUCAAGCUUUUAUACAUAAGCUUUCGAGUGCAAAGGUGGGGGCAACUACAACAUAUAGACUAAUGUGCGUUAUAAAAGGAGGAUGUGAAUUUGUUGAUGGAAUAGAGAUAGAUUGGAAAAUUUUUAAAAGGGAUAUAAAUUGUCACAUCCGGGGCACUGAUGCAAAUUUGUUGAUUACAAAGCUUCAGAAUCGUAAAGAGAAUGUUACAAAUUUUACAUACGAAUACAGAUGUGACAAGAAGCAGUUAAAUGCUCUCUUUUGGGCUGAUGACACUUCAAAACAAAACUUUGAGUUAUUUGGGGACGUUGUUUCGUUUGACGCAACAUAUCGUACAAACAUGUAUUGUAUGGUAUUUGUACCUUUUACUGGCAUUGAUAAUCACAAAAGGUGCGUCACUUUUGGAGCUGGUUUGUUGUGUAGAGAAGAUACAAAUUCCUAUAUUUGGUUACUUCGGUCAUUCUUGAAGUGUUUUGGAAAAGCACCAAUCAUGGUCGUGACCGAUCAAGAUCCAGCAAUGAAAAAAGCUAUUGAGAUAGUAUUUCCAUACACAAAACAUAGAUUUUGUAUGUGGCAUAUCACAAGUAAACUUCCAUUGAAGGUAAGCUGGGAAACAAUGAAUGAAUCAGAUUUUAAGGCGGACUUCAAUAGUAUAGUAUGGGACUCCAAAAUUGCUGUCAAUGAUUUUGAAAUGAGAUGGGAUGCAUUAAUGGUAAAAUAUAAGUUGCAAGACAAUAAAUGGAUGAAAGAUAUGUUUGAUUUGAGAAGCAGUUGGAUUCCAGCCUAUUUUAAAGAUGUACCGAUGUCAGAGGGAGAUUCUUCAUUCAUUGUCAAACACAAAAGGACAAAUAUAUCAAAGAAGAAGGUAGUAGUUGAGAAAAAAGAAAAAGUUGACAUCGAUUAUGAAUGGAAUUUUAACACAAGUGAAGGUGAUUUUGAGGUUGAAUUCAACAGAGAAGAUCUAACGGUGAAAUGUUCAUGCAUGCUUUUUGAGCGGUUUGGAAUUUUUUGUAGACACAUCUUCUGUAUUCUAAAGAUUUAUGACAUACAAGAGAUUCCGUCAAGAUACAUUCUUAAGAGAUGGAGAAGAGAUAUUAUCCCCACCACAGUUUUGAAAAGGACGUUUAGAUAUAGUGAUUCGUCUGGAAAUGUUGAGAAGGUUGCAUACAAAGCUUUUUCCAUGCUUGAUCAAUGCCUGUCUUCAUUAAGUAAUGAUGACAAGAAGUUAGAAGAGUUCAUGCAGAAGCUUGAAGUUUUUAUGACUGAUAUUGGUGAACAAGGUUCAGACAAAUUACCGGUUACAAAAGAAGCUCAUAUUGAUAAACUUUACGGAGCUACUACGAAUCCUGAAGUUGUUGAUGUUGAAAAUCCACCUAUGGUGAAGAAUAAAGGUUCUGGUACAGGAAAACGUUUAAAAAGUGCUUUGGAGAAGGCUACUAUUCAAGGUAACAAGCAAUCAAGAUCAUGCAAAACAUGUGGGGUUAAAGGGCAUAAUUCAAGGAAAUGUUUGACAUUGUUGAAUAACUCCAAGGUACAAAGUGCAUAG